AUGUAUCAUCAGCCAGAGGAGAAUGUGAUUCCUUCUCAGCAGCUACUGAAGCAAGGAAUGGUCUUGCUGUUGAAGGAACCCUACUUCAAGCAAACCGCGGAUGGUGCCUAUGUUCUACGAGUAGACCAUGUCAGCAACGUUAUUUGGCUUCAUGGAGAUGACGAGCGUAUUCCUUUAGCCUGGAUGCCCCGUAUUAUUGAGCUUGAUAGUGCCGGAUCACGUUUGGAAGGUAACAACCACUUCAACAAGAAGGAAUGGGGCAGCGCCCUGGAACUAUAUACACAGGCAAUCGAGUGUUCUGAAACCGCCACUGAUGCUCAGAUCUCGUACAUCAACCGUUCUCUUGUCAACCUUCGACUUGGAAGGCCUGCUGCGGCAUUCAAUGACGCAGUUGCAAUGAAUUCGAGGCUGCAGCCAACUGAGAAAGGCCUUUUCCGGGAGGCCAUCUGCUUGUACCAGCUACGAAAAUUUGAUGAAUGCUUGUCCAAGCUUCAGAAGCUGCGUGCCUUGUACCCCAGCAACAAAGACGUGCAGUUCGAGAUCGCCAAGACAAUCGCCCGGUUGAGAGAAUGCAACGAUGGCAUCUACGAAUGGAAAGACAUGCAGCAGCAAUCCAAGAACGAAGAUCGACUUGUCGACUGUGCCACUUUUUCAAAGAUCGUUGAGAUCCGACAAUCACCUGGAAAGGGUCGUGGCUUGUUCACAACUAAACCAGUUGUUGCGGGCGAGCUCUUAAUCUGCGAGAAGGCUUUUUCCUACAGCUUUACUGAUACAGAUGGCGGCACAAAAGAGCAUCAGAAUAUUCUUCUCCUGGAUUCUCACGCAAUGAAGGCGUUGAUAGGUGGCCAAAUUCUAAACCUGACGCGAAUCAUUCAGAAGCUCUACCACGAGCCCGAAACGGCCGCUUCAUUUCUGGAAAUGCAUCACGGCAACUACGCCGUUCUGCCGCAGGGUUUGCAGGUUGAUUUCAAGCCGGUAGUUGAUACCUAUCUCGUCGCGCAAAUCAUUGCGCUGAACUCUGCCUCCGCUCCAACAACACUCGACAAUAUGAAGGACGCGCUGCGCGGGCAGCAAAAGGAAGUUGGAGAAGAAUUGAUGCUUGCCCCCAAUGGCAUAUGGUGCACGGCUUCGUACAUGAACCAUUCUUGCGUCGCCAAUUGCUGUCGAUCCUUUAUUGGCGACAUGAUGAUCAUCCGUGCGAGCGAGGACAUUCCCGCCAGCACUGAGCUCCGGGUGCUCUAUCGCCCAUUGAGCCCAGCGGAGACUUAUGAGUCAACUCAACAGAAAUUUGCCAACUGGGACUUUUCUUGCGAUUGCUACUUGUGCGAGAUGAAAAAGACGACGACCAAGACCGACAUGCGACAGCGACAAGCUAAUCUACAGAGCUUGAGUGAACUUGUGGCCCGCCCGGGGCCCUUGGAUACGACCCGAGCGCGCCUACUACUAAAGCAGAUUGACAAGACUUACAAAAAGUCCGGGCAGAGAGCUCUCAAAUUUGGACUCCAAAGUGGCUACUUUGGUUUCGGUAUGGCACUCUUCCGGCGUGGAAAUCUUGUCGAAGCCGCGUCUGCUCUGAUUCGUGUUCUGGAGGUUGGCGGUUUCGUUCUAGCUGCGCGUGCCGCAAGCAACCAUCAAAGUGCAGCGGUGAUUGAGAUUCAGAAAUGGGGUUCUUACAGCCAUCAUGCUUUGUUUGCCAUUAUCAACCUUUACUGGAUUUGUCGGGGAACUGACACUAACCCUUUCCUACCCAACCAUACCAUCAGGAUGAGAACAUACGCCGAAACUGCGUAUGCUAUCCUAGUCGGGGAAAAAGAGACUUUUACCGACACACUGGAGCUUUGA